AUGAUAGAUGGAACAUGUUUCUCCAAUUUAUGUUUUAGGUAUGGAGAUAUUGAUGUACCAGCUUUUUGUUCAAUCAUUACCAACAACACUAACGUGGAGUUGAAGAACCUCUUGCAAGCCAUUGCAAGUCUCUUAGCCUUUGUCAUUGGUUACAAAGCAUUGAGAAGAAGAGUCUUCUUCAAUACCAAAACUCAAGGCAAACGAGCUCCUGAACCACAAGGUGCUUGGCCAUUGAUAGGUCACCUUCAUCUUCUUGGUGGGCAAAUCCCAGUUUGCAGAACUCUUGCAGCCAUGGCUGACAAACAUGGUUUAGUCUUUAACAUUCGGAAGCUGCUAAAGAAGUAUACACCACAAAUGACCAGGAGAAUCGAGCUUCUCAAGAAUGUAAGAGCUUCAGAAGUUGACACUUGCAUUAAGGACUUGUACAGGCUUUGUUCCAAAAAUGGCAAAGCUUGUUCAACUUCUACCGCGGAUAUGAGCAAGUGGGUUUCAUGUGUGGCUAAGAACAUGAUCAUCGGGAUGAUAGCAGGGAAACGAUACAGUACUCUCGAGGAGGACGAGGAAUCUGAGAGAGUAUUUGAAAGGGUAUGUGAAGAGCAGAACGCUAAGAAGCUUGAUUAUUUCACGAGUACUUGGCCUGAAGAACAUGUUCGGAAUAGGAAAGAUGGUAAGGUGGUAGAAGAGCGUGACUUCAUGGAUGUUAUGCUUUCCUUGUUAGCUGAUGAUUAUUAA